AUGUCGCCUGCUACUGCUACGAAGAAGCCGGUUGUUACCAAAUCGCCGGCUGCCAAAACCCCUGUGAAGAAGGCGACGGCUCCGAAGCCGACACCAGCGAGCCAAUCAGCAUCCAAGCGGCCAGUACCAGCUGCUGUUCAGAGAAAGAAGAAAGAUGACCUUGGUGCUGGCCUGCGAAUUUCCAAAGACAAUGUCGAGGCACAUCCGGCUGGGCCACCGCGUUUUGGAGAACUGACACAGGCAGAACGUGCCUUUACAUUAGCUUCGACAUUCUUGUCUGGCGUUUUGGCUAUAAGCGCAUCUCAAUUCCUGGGCGCGCCACUGAAGCUCAUUGACCCCCAGUUUUACGAUGGAUACAUGGCCUAUACCAAAGAAUGCUUUGCCAUUCUGAUUACCUGUCUAACCCAAUGGUGGGCCCCAACCGUUGUCCGUGUGUCUGGCGACUCCAGCAUGGUUGGCCAACUCAUCAAGCGCAAAGACGGAUCUCUGCAAUGCAACUUUGCUGACCGUAUGAUUCUCAUGGCAAACCACCAACUCUACACUGACUGGCUGUACCUCUGGUGGAUCGCGUACACGAACAACAUGCACGGUUUCAUCUACAUUAUCCUCAAGGAGUCACUGAAGAACAUUCCCAUCAUUGGAUGGGGUGCCCAGUUCUACAAUUUCAUCUUCCUUUCGAGGAAAUGGGAGGAAGAUCAACGGACAUUCAAGAAACAUCUGAGCAAGCUGAACAAGAAAGGAGAUCCGAUGUGGCUUAUCAUCUUUCCCGAGGGAACGAACCUGUCCAAGACUACACGUGAAAAGAGUCAGAAAUGGGCACAGAAGAAUGGCCUGCAGGAUAUGAAGCACCAGCUACUCCCACGUAGCACUGGUCUGAAGUUCUGUAUAAAUGAACUGAGGGAGACUACAGACUGGCUGUAUGACUGCACCAUCGCAUACGAAGGCGUACCAGAAGGUCAAUUUGGUCAAGAUAUCUUCACCCUCCGUUCAUCUUUCUUUGAAGGACGACCUCCAAAGUCAGUAAAUAUGCAUUGGCGACGGUUUCAUUUCGAUGACAUCCCAUAUGAGAACACGCACGCUUUUGAGGUCUGGCUGAGGAACCGAUGGAGGGAGAAGGACUAUAUGCUCGAGUACUUCAGUCGUCACAACCGCUUUCCCGCAGAAGAUUUCUGGAAGAACCAUUUGGAUAUGGAUACCAAGAGUGAGAGUAGCAGAGGCAACGGGACCAAGACCAUCCGAACAGUGCCGCGACCGGCAGUGCAGAUUGAGACCGAAGUCAAGAGCGGAAACUGGAAUGAAUUUGUCAAGAUCUUCGCUCCCAUAACUUCCGUUAUGAUGGCCUUGACAGUAGCCUACGGCGCUUCACCCGAAGACCUACCAAUACCCGGCGGCAAAGAAUUCUUCGAAAAUCACAUCAAAACGUUACUAGGUCAAGGCGGCGAGAUGAAAGGUUUACCGAGUCCAGAGCAACUAGAAAAAAUGAUAGAAGGCGCCGCACAGAUGGGUACCGCACAAGCAGCAGGCCCAAAAGAAGUCCCAGAAGUCCAACGUCUAACACAAGAAAACCUGGCCAAGUUGGUCAAAGAAACAGCCAUUGCAAGCGGCGUUGUAAUGCCAAACGGUAUGAGAAGAGCAAGCACAGCAUUACCAGGCGCACCAACAAAGACACUAAAAACACCGACUGCCACCACCCCAGCAGCAAGAAGAGCCCAAAGCGCUGUCAACCUCCCAACAUCAUCAGCAAAGAAGCCCACCACUGCAACACCAAAGCCAGGCACCGCCGCACACGCCCGAGCAAACCUUACCCCAGCAGCAGCAACAGUAACCAAGAAACCUACCCCGCAACCCACAGGCCCAAUGAAAGAAAUGAUGACUGCCUCUGGCGUCAUGAUCAAAGUACCCCAAACCGAAGUCGAAAAAGCCAAGAAAACAGGUACGCUGACCAUGAAGAAUGGCCUCAAGAUCAAGGCCGACAAAGAAGAGAUUGAGAAGGCUCAAGAGAAAACGGGAACGACAUUCAUGACGGCUGGUGGCGUGCCUAUCAAGGUUACGCCUAGUGGUGCUGUGCAGGUACCCGAGAAAGUGGGUAAAGGGCAAGCGCCCGCUGUGAAAAAGACGGGCGAGUUGGCGAAGAAGAUGGGUGCUGUGUCUACCCCAGCGAAAAAGGCUCCUGCUAAGAUAGGUUCUGCGGCGAACGGGACUGCGAAGAAACCAGCUGCUGCGCCGAGGAAACUUUGA